UUUUCUCAUAAUCUUAAUCAGACUUUCACCUCUGUGGAUAUGGAAGUGGGAAAUCGCACCAUCCUGACUGAAUUCAUCUUGGUGGGAAUAACAGCAGAUCCCCGGUUGCAGCCAAUUCUAUUUGGAAUAUUUCUGAUGAUCUAUUUGCUAACCUUGUCAGGGAAUAUGACUCUGGUUAUCUUAAUCUGGAUUGAUUCUCGUCUUCACACACCCAUGUACUUUUUCAUUGGCAAUCUGUCUUUCCUAGAUUUCUGGUACACCUCUGUGUAUACUCCCAAAAUCCUGGUUAAUUGUGUGUCAGAAGAUAAGCGUAUUUCAUUGGCUGGCUGUGGGGCCCAGUUCUUCUUUUCCUGUGUUGUAGCCUACACUGAAUGCUAUCUCCUAGCAGCCAUGGCUUAUGACCGCUAUGUGGCAAUUUGUAAUCCCUUACUCUAUUCAGGUAUCAUGUCCAUUUCUCUCUGUACUGGGCUUGUUGCUGGUUCCUACAUUGGAGGGCUCUUGAAUGCCAUAGCUCAUACUGCCAACACUUUCCGCCUGACUUUCUGUGGCAAUAAUGUCAUUGACCACUUCCUCUGUGAUGCACUACCGUUGGUAAAAAUGUCCUGUACAACCACACAUGUCUAUGAAAAAGUGCUCCUGGGUGUGGUGGGCUUCACAGUCCUCUCCAGCAUUCUUGCCAUCUUGAUUUCCUACUCUAACAUCCUCCUGGCUAUCCUGAGGAUCCGCUCAGCCUCAGGAAGGCACAAAGCCUUCUCCACCUGUGCUUCCCACAUGAUCUCCGUCAUGCUCUUCUACGGCUCCUUGCUCUUUGCAUAUUCAAGACCUAGUACCACCUACUCCCUGGAGAGAGACAAAGUGGCUGCCCUGUUCUACACUGUGGUGAACCCAUUGCUCAACCCUCUCAUCUACAGCAUGAGGAACAAAGAUGUCAAAGAGGCUCUCAGGAAGGCAAUGCAUACAGUACGACCACAAGGAUGA